CUGUGAUGCCGCUGGUCCACUGGAGUCGAGCUCGCCACAUCACAUAGCUGACAGUGAAGAGUAGUCUGAUUGCGUCUUCCUCAGUGCCAAGGUGAGGUCAAAAGUUUCUUCUCGUGCCUGACAUCUAGCAAGCAUGACAAAGACCCAAAGAAAAGCAGCUUCGAGCGCUGCAGACGCAUUCGAUCGACAUUAUGCUGCCAUUUGGGGCGAAGCGAGAUGGCAGAACAGUUUGAGACCAGCUCUUGAGCAACCAACGAGAUAUGCGUGUUUGCUGAAUCGUUACGCCCCUCUGGACGCGACCAAGGAGAAAAUCAGCAGCCCUAACACGGAAGAAGUGCCUUUGAAGCUUCCUCAGCCUAGUGGGUCAGAUGCUGCUUUGAAUCUCCCGCUCAAUCUGGUCGUGAGGCAAACCAAGUCUGCAGAAGAUGGCUCUCCGGCCCCUUCCAGUGAACCAUUUCCCGCGCCCGUCUCAGCGCCCGGCCAGCUAUGCUCGCAUUGGAACUUGGAUGCCGCAUCAGCGCUGGUAGCACAACUACUUGACGUCAAGCAUGGUGACAACGUUCUCGACCUGUGCGCUGCACCAGGAGGGAAAUCGAUCAGUUUGGCACAGAAUAUCUGGGUUCAGCACCACGCCGACGAUUCGGAGGCCAGAGCCAAGGUUUCCGAGCAGAGACCACUUCAGAUCGGCACCUUGCACUCCAACGAGGUCGAUGCACCGCGACAGAGGCGACUGGCCGAUAACUUGCGCAGCUACCUGCCAAAGGCAUUAUUCGAUGCUCAACGGAUCUCGACCUUGCGAAUAGACGGAACAUACCCAAAGGCUCACUACGAACUCGUCGUGAAGACACCUAAUGGGACUGUCGGAUAUGACAAAGUUUUGAUUGAUGCGCCAUGUUCAUCAGAACGUCACAUCAUCCACGCUCAUGCAAAUGCAAGGCUCGGUGGCGGUGAAGCGCCAGAAAUGGUCAAUUGGCGGCCGGGCUCGUCGAAGCGCCUGGCUGAGACCCAGGUAAAGCUUCUGAUGACAGGUCUACGGGCAGCUAAAGUCGAAGCUACGAUCAUGUAUGCCACGUGUUCCAUUGAGCCGACGGAAAACGAUGGAGUCAUCGAGAAGAUGCUGUCGCAGGUCGAGAAGGAGCGCAAAAAGGGAAUGUUAAAGUGGACUGUGAGAGUCGGCUUUGGUGCCGGACAUGGAGAUGUAGCGCUUGAGACUGAGCUAGAGAAGAGUUGGGCUGAGCGUACAAAAUAUGGCUGGAUUGUGCUGCCUGACCAUCCUGGUGGAGGACGCUGGGGGCCUUUGUUCUUCGCGGUCUUGACGAAGACCUCUACAGCUUGAGCUAUAGGGAUUGCGCGCAUCUUGUGAUGCCAGCUUCAAGAAAUGGCGGCAGUGCUUCUAUAAUUUACACGCAGACAAGACAUGGUCCUCCCAAUGCGCUACCACACGGACGAGACGUCACUCGUACUGAGCUGGAAGGCGUAACAAGCGAGCAGAUGCUAAGUGAACGGAUUGUCGAAGACGCGCAACUGCUUUCAAUAGCCCCAAGUGUUUGACAACAACACUCCGCGCCAAACAUAAGUCUCGGUCCCCGAUCCAAGCUGCCUUGAGACCAGGAUUCCAUGAGAUGGCACGAAGAAGCUGCU